ACAAUAAAAACGUGGCCGACACGACUUGUCACUUGUGACCCUACUAGACGCGCAAAAAUGCAUGUGACAAAGAGCAGUUCUCAACCAUGCCCAUCACCCGAUGAGAUCAUUGCAGAAAUUCUCGCAUUAGAUGACAAAAGCACCGAGUCUUCUUUUUGUCGGUUUGGCUCGUUUUGUGGGGCUAUCUACGACACCGCAUGGCUGUCGAUGGUUACGAGGAAAGAAACAGACCAAUCUCAACUUGUGUUUCCACAAUGUUUCGAAUAUCUGCUCGAAGCACAGCAAGAUAGCGGCAUAUGGGGGAUGAGUGGCGCCCAUAUCGACGUUAUCCUCAACAGUCUGGCCGCUCUUUUGGCACUUGUCAAUCGACAACACUCAAUUUCAACAACCAAUUCAUCAAAAUCAGAAAACUUACAACGACGUAUCGAGAAAGGAAAAGUGGCAGUCCAAACUGUGCUCGAAAAAUGGAAUGUAAAAGACAGUUUGCACGUCGGUUUUGAGAUUUUGGUCCCCAGCUUGUUGAAGCAGCUGAGUGCAUGGCACAUUGUUUUCGACUUCCCUGGCUAUCAUACGUUGAUGCAGCUUCACAAUACAAAGUUGCAAAAGUUCAAGCCUGCAACUGUCUACUCAAACCAAUCUACCACUCUGCUUCAUUCUCUCGAAGCGCUCGUGGGGUUCAUUGAUUUCGAUCGUGUGGGUCAUCACUGCAAGAAAGACACUGGCAUCUUUGGCUCUCCUUCUGCGACCGCCGCCUAUCUCAUCCAUAGCACCAUCUGGAAUUCCAAUGCCGAGUACUAUCUCGGUGAAGUCGUCGCUUCCACCGGGGGAACGGGCUAUGUUCCCAGCGCGUACCCCACCUCCUUAUUCGAACUCUCGUGGUCGCUGUCUACACUUAUCACUCCUCGCGUUACCUCCAAGGCUUUGACGAUACGCGAGAAGGAACAACUCGCCCGAGGCUUCGAGGAUGUGCUAGAAGCCCAGUCAGAUAUUGUUGGUUUUGCCCCAGGAGUUUUGGAAGAUGCGGACGACACUGCGCGAUCACUGAUGGCGUUGCGUUGUCUAGGGAAGAGUCCGAGUACAGGAGGGAUGAUUGACAUGUUUCAGACUGUUGAUCACUUUCGCACAUAUCGCCAAGAGGGGAGCGCUAGCUUUAGUGCAAAUUGCAAUGUUUUGCUUGCUUUAUUGGGGGAUACUGAAGGGGGCCUAGAUCAGGAGAACAUCGAAAAAGCGCUGUCUUUCCUGCUUGAUCUAGAAGAGGCUGGACCGAUUCACGACAAAUGGAACUUGUCGCCUCAGUAUUCGAGAAUGUUAUUCAUGCAGGCGUCAGUUCUCAUUCUCGAGAAGCAUAAUGCCAAUCAAGUGGGGAAUCUCGCUAGCAAAGGGCUUGUGGAUCGCUUAUUAGGUGUCAUCUGCCGUCUGCUGAACCAAACACUAGCGGGCCAGCAGCCUGAUGGUUCGUGGAAUCGUUCUCUUGAGAUUACGUCUUACAGUAUUAUCACGGUGGGCUACGCGCUCUCGCUACCGUGGAGUGCUAGUGUCAAAAACCGCCUAAAUGACAGCCUAAAGCGCGGCCAGGACUAUGUGCGUGGACACUACAACAGCCCUGAGAAGACGGACUACCUCUGGGUCGAGAAGGUGUCUUAUAGAUCGAUGCUUCUCCAUUGCUCCUACUGCUCGGCAGCCUUGUACUUCCACGUCGUUGAGGUGCCAUGGAUCGCAUCCGUCAUUGACGCUUUCACUCUACCACAAGGCAGCUUGAAGAAGGCACAGUACCUAUUGGCCAAUCUGCCUUUAUUUCGAGAAGCUACAAUCCCAUUCCUGGAGCUGAAUCUUAUUCAAGCGCAGCUAGUGGCUGGACGAUUGAAGACAUUUCGCAACUCACUAUUCAGUCGCUCUGACAUCCCCAUGACUGGGGACAAAUAUUUAGAGUUCAUUCCGAUGAUAUGGGUAUUGUGCAAUCAGAAAAACGACCAAUCCUUGUCUUACAAGGCGAUGUGGGAAAUGUGUCUACUAUCCCUCUUCAACUUCCAGGUCGAUGAGUAUAUGGAAUCAAUCGUUGCCAAACUGCCGCAGUCAAGCAUAUCGAUGCUGAUGAAACUCUUACAACACCAGUAUAACUCGGCAAAUAUGUCCGCUUUGAACUACAGCUCAAACCUAGAGAAUGAAUUGAGCCACGAAAAUUCCGAGUCACCUGUCGAUCUUUCAAAUGAUCUAGCAGCCCACGAAGCGUACAUGACGUUGAGCCGGUUUGUGCAGCACGUUAUGCAGCACUGGUCGGUGAAACAAUCCCCAGUUGCCAUCCAGCGAGAAAUGGCCGUUGAGUUGUAUAGUUUCAUUCAAGCUCAUAAUAACCACAACCGCGAUAACGCCCUCCUAGCUAUCCGAAAUGCCGGAAAUGGCGCCACAGAUACUGCUGUGCAAUUCCAAACGUCACGCGAACAAAGCUACAUACAUUGGGCCCGCGGCACCGCCUCUGACGACACUAGUUGCCCGUUUUCGUUUUUAUUCUUCGCAUGCUUGAUCAGCAUACCCCAAAAACACUGCUUCGAUGGCGCACUAGCACAGUAUUUUAGUAAGAGUUUAUGUCGCCACUUGGCCACCAUGUGCCGUCAGUAUAACGAUUACGGUUCAGCGACGCGCGACGCGGCAGAGGGUAAUCUGAACAGCCUCGAUUUCCUAGGUCUCCAUGAUAUGGGGAAUGGCCUUGAGAACGGUGUCGGUGGCAAACACACAUCGUCCAAUGCUGUCGAGGCUACCCACAAUGGGGUACUUGUCGGGAAUAUAUCGGAGUCUGAGCCUGUCAGAAAGAAGAGGCGACGCCAGAGUGUGACAAAUGGCGAAGGGAAAAAUCAGAAGAUAUCAAGUGCAAAGGAUAGCUUGAUGGCGUUGGCUGAGUUCGAGCGUGCGAGCAUGGAGCUUGCGAAGGAACGAUUGAGCUCUGUCGUUCCGCAGCAAUACAUGGAUCGGCUACAAGUACUCAUAGACGUGACGGAUAUGUUUGGUCAGAUAUAUGUCCAGAAGGAUAUUGCAAGCAGAGUAAUUGCCGCUUGA